AUGAAGAUAAUAUGGAGCUUGUGUUUAUUCGUCUCUCUUUCUUACUCAGUACUUGCUUUUGCUUCUCCUGUAAGGCACUUGUGUCGUCCAGACCAGAAGGAUGCUCUUUGGGAGUUCAAGAGCGAGUUUUAUAUCAAAAAGUGGACGGAGUCUGAUACGACGACAGAGAAGUGGAGGAACAACACUGAUUGCUGUUCUUGGGAUGGUGUCUCUUGUGAUCCUAAGAAGGGCGUGGUGGUUGAGUUAGAUCUCAGCUUCAGCUAUCUCAAUGGCGCUUUGAGAUCGAACAGUAGUCUCUUCAGACUACAACAUCUCCAGAAUCUAGAUCUAUAUACCAAUAAUAUUUCGGGUAUUCUACCAGAUUCCAUCGGCAAUCUUAAAUUUCUGAGUGUUUUGAGUCUUGGUGAUUGCAAUUUCGUAGGAAAGAUUCCUUCUUCACUCGGGAAUCUUUCUUAUCUCACAAAUCUUGAUCUUUCUUUUAAUGGUUUUACCGGUGAACUACCGGAUUGGAUGCGCAAUUUGAGCGAGCUCACCUCGAUCAACCUUGGUUUUAACCUGUUGGAAGGUUUGCUCCCGUCUAACAUGAGUAGCCUCUCUAAAUUGGAGUCUUUUCAUAUAGCUGGAAAUUCAUUUCACGGAUCUGUUCCUUCCUCUCUCUUCAUGAUCCCUUCCUUGACCGAGCUUCGUCUGGAAAGAAACCACUUGAGCGGUUCUCCUGAGAUUGGGAACAUCUCUUCACCAUCUAAAUUUAAAAUGUUAUCCCUUGGAGAUAACAAUUUUGGUGGGCCAAUCCCGGAAUCAAUAUCAAAACUAAUCGGCCUCGAGUUGCUCGACCUCUCUUUAUGGAAUACAGGGAGGGGCAUUGUCGAUUUCAACAUCUUCCUUCCUCUCAAGUCACUUACAUUACUUCACCUCUCGUAUCUGAAUUCAAGAAGCAUGGUUGACUUGAUUCUUUUCUCGCAGCUCAUCUCACUUGGAAGUCUGCGUCUUUCAGGGAUUAAUCUGAGGAUCAGUCCAAGUCUCCAUCUUCCCUCAACCAUAGAACACUUGCAUCUAUCAUCGUGCAAUAUUUCUGAUUUUCCAAAAUUUCUACAAAACCAAACCAGACUGAUGUCUUUAGACAUUUCUGCCAAUCGAAUUGAAGGCCAAGUACCAGAGUGGUUUUGGAGUCUGCCAGAGUUGUGGUACGUAAACAUUUCUCAUAAUUCUUUCAGUGGGUUUGAAGGAUCACCGGAUGUCAUUCAAAAAAGUGCGAACUUAUCAAUACUUGAUAUAAGUUCGAACAUUUUCCGGGACCUUCCUCUAUUACCAAAGGCUUUACGGUACUUCUUAGGCUCCGAAAAUGGGUUUUCAGGAGAGAUUCCUAUGGCAUUAUGCGAAUUGGUUGUGCUUGAUACACUUUUUUUAUCAAACAACAACUUCAGCGGAUCCAUUCCUCAGUGUUUCAGUGCUACUCUUUGGGUGUUGCAUCUACAGAAUAACAGCCUCUCUGGUAUUCUUCCAGACAAAUUACUCAGUGAUAGCUUGAGAUCACUUGAUGUUGGUCACAACCGUUUAUCAGGACAACUUCCCAAGUCUCUGAUCAAUUGCACUCAGCUCCAGCAUUUGAACGUGGAAAACAACAUGUUCAAUGACACGUUUCCUUUUUGUCUGAGAUUGUUAUCUGAUUUGCAGAUUCUUGUGCUUCGUUCUAACCAGUUCCACGGGCCAUUAUCUUCUCCUAGAGAUUCUUUGACCUUCCCCAAACUGCGGAUCUUUGACAUUUCCCAGAAUCGCUUUACUGGAGUCUUGCCAUCUGAUUAUUUUGCUUGUUGGAAUGCAUUGUCAUCAGAAUAUUAUUUGCCGAUUAGGCUACGACGAUAUGUCUCGGAAUUCCAUAUAAAAUCGGUUUCUCUGACGAACAAAGGGUUGAAGAUGGAGCUGGUUGGGAGUGGUUUCAGACUCUACAAAACCAUUGAUCUCUCUGGAAAUAGACUCGAAGGAGAUAUUCCGGAAUCCAUUGGUUUACUCAAGGGACUGAUUGUGCUCAACAUGUCAAACAACGCUUUCACUAGCCGUAUUCCAUCAUCUCUAGGGAACUUGACAAAACUCGAGUCAUUGGAUCUAUCUCAUAACCGAUUAUCGGGCAAAAUCCCACCAGAGCUCGUGAAACUCACAUUCUUAUCACGUAUGAACUUCUCUCACAACAUGCUCGAAGGUCCACUACCGCAAGGAACUCAGAUUCAAAGCCAGAAUAGUUCCGUUUGCUGA